AUGGCCAUUCUCCUGUAUUUUCUGGAAGCAGAGUGCGGCGUCCUGCUACGGCGAAUGCUGACGCCAGCGGAGGAGCUCCUUCUGCUGCAGGUCGGCAGGUCCUCGAACAUGAGAAGACUGGCGUGGGCCCGAGCCGUUCUAGCAGAUGUGGCCAGGCUACGCAGGGUCUUGGAACCCUUGAGGACCAUGCGACUGCGUUUCCCCGGCUUCGAUCUCCCUGUGAGCAUCAGGUACACAAAGGGCUGGGCUCCGCCAAACCCCUCGGACCCGCUGGAGACCUUGGGUCCCGUCGAGGAUCUGCUCUGUUGGUUGGACGACUUCGGGCUCGGAGGGUUCUCCCCCGCCGAAGCGGUGCUGGUGAUGAACGCGUGGCCGAUAGAGACAAGGGACGCGGGCGCGGCUUUGAGCGACCUGCUGGAAGAAUCGGACAGCCACUUCUUCUACUCGGCCAGGCCUGCCGCCUUCCGAACGCAAUUUCGACCUACUCUAGUGAACGUAGUCGUCUUUUUCACUUACAGAGGACUGAACACCGUCCUUCAAAUGCAAGACGUCGUCAACGACGGGGGAAGCGAGUCCGAAGCGACCCCGACAACGGCAUGCCACGCGACAGACGAAAAGGAAGACAGACUAUGCGUUCCAGGUGAUGACUGCAGGAGCAAGUCCGAAGUCGACUCUAUCCAUCUGCGUCUGUUCUCGAGUACAGUGCAUGUCGCAGCCGCAUCAGCGUCAAUCAAGAAAGCACGCGCAGGCUCCACUCGGAUCCCGUCGCCUUCCAUGUCGGGCAUCGACUACUCCAAGUGGGACCUACUUCAAAGCAGCAGCGACGAAGAGGACUUCGGGAACCCCAUCCCGCCGCAGUCUCCGCGACAGCCCAUCACGACGGGUCCCUGGGCGGUGGCCGAUCCCUGGUGCAAGUGCAAUCCGCUAGUGCGGCGUGAAGUGCUCAGAGAGGAGAAGAUUCUCCACAGGUUCGUGCAAGAACACCCCUGUCCAUCCGAGAAAAGCCUCCGGCGCUGGCUUCGCAGCAUGAGCGGCACGGAGAGAAUCGUUCCCGGAGAGCUGACCUUUGCAUGGGUGAUGAAAGACAUGGGGUGGAACUUCGAGCACUUGGCGUGGUUCCACUACCCGUCCUUCCGGAAGCUCUGGCAAGCCGCGGCCUUGCAAACGGCCGAGGCCUUCACGGUCCAGCGCGAUGCGGGCAGCACCCUGUACCAGCGCGGCGGCAAGGAGUGCAUGCAGUUCAACUUCUACGCGCUGCAGCACGCCAUGUGCGGAGAACAUUUUCACACGGACGCCCCACUCCCCGUGUACUCGUACGCGAAACGCCUGGAGCACGUCUGGGACGGGAUCGGAUCGUGGCAAGCGUAG